AUGUUUAAAGAGUGUAUUGGUUGUCUGCAAAAACGUUUGGGUGACGAGCCCGAAGAUGAUAGAUCAAAUGUGUUGUGUCCAAUAUGCAGAAUGACAAGAUAUUAUAACGCUUACAAAAAAUACAUAACUUCAAAGUUGAGGUCAAAGUCUAAAGCAAAAAGAACAAGCAUCGAACGGAAACUACGAAAAUUCAUGACGAACAAAUUCCAUAUCACAACUAAACUUUAUGCAUUAAAACAGUUAACUUCGUCUCAUAAACUGAAAGAAUACUCACAAGUGAAACUUUUUUUGCUAAGUGAUCGUCAGAUUAAGUUUAUUUUCAAUAACAACAAAAAUAUCUCAUCAAGAUUAUGUCUUCGUGAAAUUGAAAGAUUGGAAUAUUCUGAUAAGGCACAAGAAGAAUUACUACAGCUUGAAGAAACAAGUAGUAGCUGCAGAUCCUCCGAUAAUGAAAAUAAUGAUGAAAUUGCGGAAGUUCCCAAUCGUGCUGGUAAUUUGGCAGAAGAGCAACCCCUUCCCAACAAUCAGAACAGCAAGCAGAUUUUCGAUACCAAUAAUAAUGGCAUUUCUCAUAAUGUGAUAGGGAAUGGUAAUAACGAAGAUACUUUAAUGAACGAUAUUGAUAACAAUGAGAAGUCGCUGCUGCAUGUAUCUGAUGACAGUGAAGUUUCCCAAACACGUACGGGCAAUACUGUUUUGUCCACCGAUAUUGCAGCAGAGAAUUCUAAAAACGGUGCUACUGAUUCUGUUAUUCUCGAUAUGCAUGAACCUUUGGACUUAGGUUCGAGAAAUGGCUCAUGGGAACCAAGUCGUGAUGUUUCUCCACCUAACGAGUAUGCAUUUAUCCUCGAAGAACUGCCUUCCACAGUGAAAAGUCCAUCCAGUCUUUUGGCACCAGACCCAGCCACUGCCGAGAAGCCGAUAUCACAGGAUACCACAUUUACUGGUCACGUAUACAAAUUAAAACCAAGUAAAAUUGCAAAACCUUCCCAUAAUGAACGCACAAAUGAUGCACAAUUGCAUUUGAUGGUGCAGAAUUUGCGGAGAAACUUAAGCUCGAUUGUUUUUCGUCAAAAUCAGUCCCCUAAUACUGAUAUGAAUGAUGCCGCAGUCGACACAACGGCUUCUCCACCUAUAACAAACAAUUUACCAGAACAGAAUAAAACAACAACCCAAGUUGAGCAUUCCAGACAAACUGCAUCACCAGAAUUAGCUGGUUCAAUACCACAAUCACAUAGUUCAGAAACGUCCACUUUGAUAGAUAAUACGUCACCGGUUACCGACCCAGCAAUACAAACUACUUUAUCACCAACGAAACGAUUUGGAUGUUGUAAACGACCAAAACCAAGUGAUAUGCCUCCUGAGUGCUUAUCUUUUUCAACAUGUCCGCGAUGCCUUAUUAGACAUAGACUUCAUAGAGAUACCUUACAAGCUUUAUCAAAAGUCAUAAAAUUAUACGGAUUCUAUCAAAUGCACCGGUACUAUAAUAAAGAUAAAGAGUACAUCAAACUUGCAAUGGAACGUGAUCCUUAUUUGGAAGAACUUGGUUCUCGAACAUUUGAUUAUUCCAUAGAAUUGGAGAAAUUGAGAGCUGAAGAAAACAGCAAGAUUGAACAAUCUCAAUCACAACAAAAUGCCAGCAUAAACCUCAAGUCAGCAACCAAUUCGAAUAGUCAAAGUUUGACUGAUUUAGAGGUUGUUGAAACUAACAAUCAAAUUUUUAGAACGCAUGAUGUACCACAGCAGACUGGAAACUUACUGCAACAGGAAAGUUCUUUCAAUAGAGAAAACUCGGCCCAGGCAGAAAGCUUGCCCAUCCAAGAGAAUAUUGCAAGUCAGGCAAAUGUAUCUAAUCGAGAAAGCUCUCUCGAACAAAAUGAAAUCCGGAGCGACCAACAUACUGCUUCUAACGAGAAUGCCCUUCCUGUUGAAGACGACUUAGAUACUUUGGAUAAACAUGCAGAAGUUAGUAUAAAGCCGGAAGACAAUGUUUUUGAGAAUGAUACAGGUCAUAGCAAUGACGAUAACCCUGCAACGAGUGACAAAGAAGAAGAAAGUGGUCAUGACAUCGAGGAUAGCAAUAACAAUGAGAAUGCUGAUACAAACACAAGCACGCAUAGAAAUAGCUCGCAAGACAAUGUGGCCGAUCCAAAUGAGAAUACUCAUAAUAAUGAAAAUGAUGUCAAUGCCAAUGUUGAAGACAAUGCAGGAAUUGUUGAUGUCCAAAGAAACAGUAAUGAUAAAAGAGAACACACGGAAUCUCAAAAUAAAAGUGACAGUAUUAGCAAGGUUGAGUAUGGAGAUGAAGCUAAGCAUAUCAUUCAGGACAGUUCUACAAAUGGAGGUGAUAAGCAAAAAGUUACCAAUACUGGCAGUGCAAGCACUUCUCCAAAUGAACCAAUAAUUCAAUUCAAUGUCGAUGAUCUAUCGAGAACUUCUUCACUGAAUAGUUCGAUUCAGGAAAUUCCUCAAAUUGGAAAUCCACCAGUCACCAGAGCAUAUUCAGCUCCUAUUCAACCAACUUCCUCCUUUGAUCCCUCCUCAUCACAGCCAACCAAUGUAUUAAAUUCUACUUCUCAAAAUAUAGACGUCGAUAAGUUGAUAACCACUAUAAACAACACAACGAUGCCAGAGCGUAUUCCAACGCCAAAUAAUCCCGUCCUGCAUGGAUUGUUACCUAAUCAAGUACAAAGGUUAAAUGAUCCAGUGACAACAGGCAGCGUUGCAAGCAAAACUAUUUGCUCAAUUUGUAAACAAAUACGCGAGCCAGAUGAGCCAUUUCCGGCAUCAAAAUCACCUAGUUGUCCUAAAUGUACUUUGAAAGUAGCUUUAUUGAAGGGACAAAGUAAUACAGUUUUUGGUGUUACCAAACUUUAUGCACUCAAGCAAGUCUAUGAAUGGCAGAAUUAUUCAUCAUUCCAAUUGAGGACUAUGUUUUUAGAUCAAGAUAUGUAUUUGUCCCAAUUCAACACAAGACCAUUCAAUUUUGUAUGCGAAAUGAUUCGAUUACUGGGACCGCCAUCACCAUACCGUCCAUUUCAACCCCCUGAGUUCCCACUGUUUCUACAACGAAUGAACAGAGUAUGUCAAAAAUGUAACGCUAGCAUACUUGAUGCUUUCAAUGAAAUGAAAAACUAUUCAUGUUGUGCCAAAUGUACCUUAGUUGAUGGAAUUGCCAAUGAAUAUAGUCAUGCAUUGCUGAAUUCUGUGAAAAUCUUGGCUCUCAAACAAGUGCUCGAGGGUAAUACUUUAGAAGAUAAUCAGCUUGUGUUGAAAUUUUUAUUUGACAAGUUCUUACAACAAUACAAGGGCAAAAAGUUUGAUUAUGAAAUAGAGUUAUUAAAGUAUAAAACAGGAGAUGAAAAUUAUGAUGAAUUUCCGUUACACUAA